AUGGAUGUAGCCAAGUUUACCACCGUUACCAAUACCUCGCAGGAUACCAACACCUCGAGAGCCCCAAUACCUCUCACGCAAACGGAGGUGGGCUCCGCGCUCAUAAUCCUUGUGGUCACCGUGAUCAUUCUGGUCACUAUCGUCGGUAACGUGCUGGUCAUCGUGGCCGUGCUCACCAGCCAGGCUCUCCGCGCCCCCCAGAACCUUUUCCUGGUGUCCCUGGCAUGUGCAGACAUCCUAGUGGCGACACUGGUCAUCCCGUUCUCCCUCGCCAAUGAGGUCAUGGGUUACUGGUACUUUGGGAGCACCUGGUGCGCCUUUUAUCUGGCACUGGAUGUCCUCUUCUGCACCUCAUCCAUAGUCCACCUGUGCGCCAUCAGUCUGGACCGCUACUGGUCAGUCACCAAGGCCGUGAGCUACAACCUGAAGCGCACCCCCAAGCGAAUCAAGUCCAUGAUAGCCGUGGUGUGGGUCAUCUCCGCCGUCAUCUCCUUUCCGCCUCUCAUCAUGACCAAGCACGACGAGCACGAGUGUCUGUUAAACAACGAGACCUGGUACAUCCUGUCCUCUUGCCUCGUGUCCUUCUUCGCCCCGGGCCUCAUCAUGAUCCUGGUGUACUGUAAGAUCUAUAAAGUGGCCAAGCAGCGCUCCUCCACCGUGUUCGUGGCUAAGAACGGCCUGGAGAGGCAGCCCUCCCAGUCGGAGACGUGCUUCGUGAGGAAGGAGCGGAUGGAGAGCCCCAGUAGCCAGAGCUCCGAGGACCACCACAGGCAGGAGGAGCUGGAUGAUAUCGACUUGGAGGAGAGCUGCUGUGCGUCGGACAUUAAACCACGGAACCACCGCUUCUCCAAGCACAGGAAGGUGGAGGUCUCGGACUGCUGCCCGCGCCAGAGCUGCCGCCUCUCCUGGGCCUCGGCACGUGCCUCGCAGCUCUUCCAAGAUCCCAAAAACACAACCAAUGCUGCCCUGGCGGCCCAGCGGCAGCACCUCGCAGCCCAUCGGCAGCACCUCGCGGCGGCUGCGUCCAAGACCAAAGUGGCCCAGAUGCGCGAGAAGCGCUUCACGUUCGUGCUGGCGGUGGUGAUGGGGGUGUUCGUGCUCUGCUGGUUCCCUUUCUUUUUCACAUACAGCCUGCACGCGAUCUGCAGGGAGAGCUGUUACAUACCCGGCGCGCUCUUCAACGCCUUCUUCUGGAUUGGCUACUGUAACAGCUCAGUGAACCCUAUCAUAUAUACAAUUUUCAACAGGGAUUUUCGUAAAGCGUUUAAGAAAAUCAUAUGCCGGACUUCAAAACGCACUAAUACCACUUGA